CGCCGGGCCGGGCCGGGCCGCGCCAUGGCCGGGUGCGAAGCAGCAGUGGUGCCGCGGGGCCCGCGCUCGCCGCCCUCCUAGCCCGCGCCGCGCCCGGCGUGCGCCCAGGAUGUACGCGCCCGAGUGCAAGGCGGAGGUGACGCCGUCCCACCAUGGGAACCGCUCCUUCAGCUACACGCUGGAGGAGCACACCAAGCAGGCCUUCGGCAUCAUGAACCAGCUGCGCCUGAGCCGGCAGCUCUGCGACGUGACGCUGCGCGUGCGCUACCGCGACGCGCCCCCCGCCGACUUCCAGGCCCACAAGGUCGUGCUGGCCUCGUCCAGCCCCGUCUUCAAGGCCAUGUUCACCACGGGGCUGCGGGAGCAGGGCAUGGAGGUGGUGCCCAUCGAGGGCAUCCACCCGCAGGUGAUGGAGCGCCUCAUCGAGUUCGCCUACACGGCCUCCAUCUCGGUGGGGGAGAAGUGCGUGCUGCACGUCAUGAACGGCGCCGUCAUGUACCAGAUCGACAGCGUCGUCCGCGCCUGCUGCGACUUCCUCAUCCAGCAGCUCGACCCCAGCAACGCCAUCGGCAUCGCCAACUUCGCCGAGCAGAUCGGCUGCGCCGAGCUGCACCAGCGGGCCCGCGAGUACAUCUACAUGCACUUCGGCGAGGUGGCCAAGCAGGAGGAGUUCUUCAACCUCUCGCACUGCCAGCUGGUGACGCUCAUCAGCCGGGACGAGCUGAACGUGCGCUGCGAGUCCGAGGUCUUCCACGCCUGCAUCAACUGGGUGAAGUACGACUGCGAGAACCGGCGGCUCUACGUGCAGGCCCUGCUCAAGGCCGUGCGCUGCCACUCCCUCACCCCCCACUUCCUCCAGAUGCAGCUCCAGAAGUGCGAGAUCCUCCAGUCCGAUUCCCGCUGCAAGGACUACCCCAAGAUCUUCCAGGACCUGACGCUGCACAAGCCCACGCAGGUCCUGCCCUGCCGCGCCCCCAAGGUGGGGCAGCUCAUCUACACGGCCGGUGGCUACUACCGCCAGUCGCUGAGCUACCUGGAGGCCUACAACCGCGACGGCUCCUGGAUUCGCCUGGCCGACCUGCAGGUGCCCCGCAGCGGCCUGGCGGGCUGCGUGGUGGGGGGACUCUUCUGCGUCGGCGGCCGCAACAACUCGCCCGACGGCAACACGGACUCGGACGCCAUCGACUGCUACAACCCCAUGACCAACCAGUGGUCGCCCUGCGCGCCCAUGAGCGUGCCCCGCAACCGCAUCGGCGUGGGCGUCAUCGGCAUGAUCUACGCCGUGGGGGGCUCGCACGGCUGCAUCCACCACAGCAGCGUGGAGAGGUACGAGCCGGAGAGGGACGAGUGGCAGCUGGUGGCCCCCAUGCUGACGCGCCGCAUCGGCGUGGGCGUAGCCGUGCUCAACCGCCUGCUCUACGCCGUGGGCGGCUUCGACGGCACCGCUCGCCUCAGCUCGGCCGAGUGCUACUACCCGGAGCGGGACGCCUGGAGAGCCAUCGCCCCCAUGGCCACCAUCCGCAGCGGAGCCGGUGAGCUGGACCGCCGCUACAACUUCCGCUUCGAGGAGCCCGACGGCCAGCAGGUGAGGACGUAUCCCCGGAGCAUCGCCACGUCGGUGCGGCGCCGGGACGAGCGCCGCAAGGAGAAGCGGGAGCGCGUCCGGGAGAGGAAGAAGAAGGAGAAGCUCCGCAAGCGGGAGGAGCUGAAGCAGCUGAAGAACCUGAAGCGGGAGGAGAUCGCGGCGCGGCUCGCCCGGCUGCGCCAGGCCACCGGCAAUGCCGCCGUCGGCUUCUCCGAGCGCCUCCUCGAGGACGACUUCGACCCGGCCCAGCACGACCGGCUCAUGGAGGAGUUCUUCGGCGACGACUACUACGGCCGCGGGGAGGAGGAGAAGCCGCGGUUCGAGGAGGAGGAGGGUCUGGACGACGACUGGAACUGGGACACGUGGACCGGCCGGGACGAGGAGGAGGAGGAGGAGGAGGAAGAGGAGGCGGGAGGCAGCCGCCAGCCGCACUGCGAGGAUCCCGACUUUGUGAUGGACGCGGACUACGACCCCCAGGCCCCCCCCGGGAAGCGGCUGAGGAAGGAGGCGCCUUCGCUGGGGAAGAGGAGGCGGAAGACGCGGUUCAGGGAGGCCGUGGAGCGGGAGAAGCCGGCGUUCGACCCCACGGCCGGCACCUUCGAGCAGUACCUGGACGAGUAUUACCGGCUCGACUACGAGGACCUGGUGGGCGACCUGCCCUGCCGCUUCAAGUACCGCAGCGUGGUGCCCUGCGACUUCGGCCUCACCACUGAGGAGAUCCUGGCAGCCGACGACAAGGAGCUGAACCGCUGGUGCUCCCUGCGCAAGACCUGCAUGUACCGCUCGGAGCGGGAGGAGCGGCAGGACCAGGCGAACUACAGCCGCCGGGCCCAGAACGCCUGGAAGAAGCAGCAGAUCCUGAAAUCCCUGUCGGCCGCCGCGGAGGAGCCGGCGCAGGCGCCUGCCGCCAAGGCCAAGGUGGGGAAGAAGCAGCGGGACAAGCGGCGGCGGCAGGAGGCGCCCGGAGCCGGAGCCAUGCCGGAGGCGCCGGCCGCGGAGCAGCCGCCGGCGCCCGGCCCGCUGCUGCGGCGGAGGAGGAGAGGGGAGGAGCGGGCGGCGGGCGGCAAAGCCCCCCGCGCCUGA